ACUCGGAUGUAAGUGGAAGUGCGUCUGUUUCCACGCGUCUCCAGUCUCCCCGUCCUGCCGUUUAAAGCCUCCCACACUCACCCGGGCUUCAUGGAGCAUGGGUGCGGUGAGGGAUUCUCUCGUCUCUUCUUAACCUGUCCUGACAACUUGUUGCGCAGCUUUUAUUUCCAGUGCUCCACUCUGCCUUGCUUUCUCAAGUGAACUUUUCGACAGCAACAGGGAUAGUGUGUGUGUAUUAUGAUUUAGACAGGACAUCUUUGUAGAUCGUUUUUUUCUUUUUAAUCAGAAAGGCCGAUUUUUUCUUUGAUGUCGACUUGUUGACUCGCUGUUUUGCCAGCAUGGUGUUUUGGCGCGGCAAGGUUUGGCACUCGGAGCGGUUCUCUCCCAAGCUCGUCUCUCCUGAAGACCUGCUGGUGUUGCCCAUCGCACACUAUAUCAGCCCGUGAAUUGUAACAUGAUCUCAGAGAGUGGGAAUGAAAACUAUGAAGUGGAUACGAAUCCAUGGGCUCGAGUGGUCUAGUCUCAUCUUGCUCCUGUGGACCACACGCAUGCAGGGCCUGGCUGACUUUUCAAACUACCUGUCGAGAAUCAUCACCAGCCAACACGCACUCGCGUGCGACGGACAGCCGCUGCGCCUGCACUGCCCGCGCCACUCCACCAUCUCCGUGCAUUCCGCCUUCUAUGGAAGCGGUGACGACGACGCGCGGCUAUGCGGCAGCGGCAGCGCAGAAGCGGCAAACAGCAGCUGUUCCGCUUUGACUACGCUACAGAAGCUGAUGUCAGUGUGUCAGAGCCAAAGGCAGUGCUCGCUACCCGUCACCCCCUUGCUGUUUGGGAGGGACCCGUGUCCUGGCACCAGGAAAUACCUCACCGUGGUGUACAAGUGUAAACCCACGGAACACAAGAGGCUCGUGGUGUGUGAGGACGAGCGGCUGAGGCUGCGCUGUAAGCCCCCCAGGGUGCUCACCAUCUACGCAGCUGUCUACGGCGGGGGUCCGGCCCCGGCAGCAGACACCUGCCCCCCUCAGCUGACCGCCAACACCACCAGCCCGCCGCAGUUUGAGUGUUUGAACCAUGAAGCUGUACACACAGUGUCCCAGUCCUGCUACGGUAAACAGAGAUGCACCGUAACCGUUGACAACCACACCUUCAGGGACCCCUGUAUGCCAGAUACCAGGAAGCAACUUACCGUCCUCUACGCUUGCGUACCGGAGACCUUGCUCAGAGCUGCAGACCCUGACUUGGCCUCAUUGUUACCUCCACUGGAUCUGGCGAAUGCUCCACCUGUGGAUGUGGUGUCCCCUGUCCCAGAAGGUACCGGUCUGCCCGUGUACCCUGGAGCGAUGAUGAGCAACUCUCUCAUUACCUACGCCUACAUCAGAGAGCACCCUGAGAUGGCAGCACUGCUCUUCACCUGCAGCGUGUGUGUGGGCCUGCUGCUCACCCUAUUGGCCGUCUCCAUCCGUGUCAGCUGCAGGCCAGGGCCAAUCAGAUGCCUCGCCAGGGCCCGGAGCCACGCCCACCAUCGCAGAGUGGAGGAGAAGGACGAGGCUGAUAACGAUGGCGUAGACGACGAAGAGGAGGAAGAUGGAACAUCCAGUUCCUUGAUCUCGACCAAAGACAGGAAGUCCUUCAAGGACUGGGAGGAAGUGACGUUUGUGUGCGAGGCGGCGGAGCGGGCGGAGAGGAUGGAGAGGAGAGAGAUGGUCAUGCAGGAGAUAUGGAUGAACUCGUACAUGAACGGAGCCCCCGACGUCUAGUGUUGUCAGCCGACGCUUCACGCAAUACAACACACAAUGUGGUAUUUUUAUCAACCUGUGGAUGUUCUCAUCGCUGGACAACUGGAGAGGCACAGCAGCAUCAACGUGCAGGUCAUCUCAUGGUACAGGUUGGGUUAUGCGAAUGAUGUUUGCAAACCGGGAAAGAACUCUGGUUCCUGGUUCCUAUCCGGAAAACACGCUUCUUGGAAGCUCCACAAUGCGAGGAAUCGUUCAGCCAGAUUUUUCCAUGAUAAUACCACAUGCGAUGGGACUGACUGGCUCACACCUUGAACUGGAACACACUAGGGGUGACCCUACCCUUGCUGUGAAGCGACAUCCUGUCUCAGGACUGCUCGGUGGCUCUUGGGACGGUUCACCGCUCGGACAAAGAGAGGAAAGGUGUAGCAUCCUUCUUCCAGCGAUUUGAUGGGUAAAAGGUUUGUAGGAAAUGAUUUGUUGCCUAAUGUAAUCAGAACACCAUUAGCAGGUAUAUAUUGAACAGUGCACACAAUGCUUUUUUGUUGGGGCUUUCUUUGACAAGGAAAGGAAUAUUUUGUGUAUUUUGUUUUUCAUUGUAUUUGAUUUAUUUCAGUGAAGUUUAAAUAAAACAAGUGACAAAUUCUAUGAAGAACAAACAAGUUAAAAAAAUAAUAAUUAUUCACUCAGAAUGCUUAGGGUUUAAACACAGAACAAACAUGUCUGUUUAACAUUGCAAUCUCCUCUCUACGUAAGUCGCCACGGACCGUCCAACAGAAUACCAAACUAAGCAUCAAGUUGAAUCUACAACAAUAGGAUGUCCAGGUUUUCUUCUGUAACAACAAGACAACAUUACGGCUGGCUACUCUGUUGUUGUUGGAACUCAGCCGAGAAGACGUUGAUUAAAACAAGGCACAGAGAGCUCUGAUGAGCGGUUAAGGCUGGUCGAGAGAAGUGGGAGGUCCCAAGUUUCGGAGGUCUCUUUACUUUCUCGGACCCCAUUUGAUGUUGUUGAGGCCUUGAAAUUGCCUCUUCAGGGCCUGUCUGUCCGACCAAUCAGAGUCCAGGUGGCUGUCAUCGUCUGCAUCCUCCAGUUUCUGAAGCAUAAUCAGCCAAGAUGACAUUUUAGAAUAUAACCCCCUACCGGCUUUAAAAAAAGCUUUUAAAACCUCCUGACCUUUUUCCUUCCUGAUGCUAAUGAAUAUUGGCCCUACCUUCAACUCCUCCUGUCUUCUGUAGUAGUGCAUCAUCAUUUCCUUCUGUUGGUCAUCUGUGACGACAGGCUCUCUCGCUGGCGCCCCCUGGCCUCUCUGAAGGGAACAGCGACACAAUACAGUUAUCAAAUUUAUUUAAGGUCAUAACUCAAGGCUGUGUUUCACACAUUACAUAGUUUUACUGUACACAUAUAGAAUGACUAGUUCCCACCUUUUGAAUUUUGACUACGAUCUUGGUCUUCUCGUUUUUGCCGAUGUAGUCCUGUAGUUUCUUCUCCCUGUGCAGCUCCUUGGCAGCCCACCACAGCUGGCACUCCUGCUCCGGGACCACCUGCAGAGAGGCCUGCGGGAGCGACCAGAUGGAGGAGACAAACACAGGCAGACGGAGGCAGAAUGCAAAAACAAGUCACAGCGUGUUCACCCCAAAAAACAUUGAAAGUGAUGUCACACAAAAAAAAAGAAAAAAGGCAGAAUGAGAAUUAAAAAUUAUGCCUUUCUGUGGAGUUGAGCUU